AUGCCGUUGGAAUCAGCAAAAGCAAUCUGGGAUUUUUUAAAAGAAGAAUACCAAAGAGAUGAGCGAAUCAAAAGUAUGAAAGCUAUGAAUAUCAUUAGAGAAUUUGAGGUACAAAGAAAGAAAGAUUCUGAAAAUGUCAAAGAAUACUUAGACAGGCUUCUUAGCAUUGUGAUAAAGGUAAGAAUGUUGGGAAAUAAGUUUCCUGAUAGCAGAGUUAUUGACACGCUUCUUGUUACAUUACCUGAGAAGUUUGAACCAACCAUUGCUUCCAUAAAAAAUACCAAGGAUCUGUCAAGGAUAACUUUGGCAGGAUUACCAAAUGCAUUGCAGAUAAAGCCGUAUAUGAGAUGCCAAAAUAUCAAAAACUUGGGCAUGAUGAGAUCAUCUACAAAGAGAAAGGACGACAACAACAAGAACAAGGAGAAGCUCAAAUUUGUUGCAUCAAGUUUUGCAUCUACUAUUUCAAGUGACAGUUGUCUUAUUGAUAGUGGUUGUACAAACCACAUGACUAGUGAUGAAAAGCUUUUCGAAAGGCUUGAUAAAACAACAACAUCAAGAGUCAGGAUUGGAAAUGGAGAAUACCUCCCUACAAAAGGAAAGUGGACUGUAGCUAUUGAGAUUAUAUAG